UAAACACUCUUUCACACCUCCCUUCCCAUAAUAAAAAUGACGGAUGCCGAAACCAUGGAACUAGAUUUAGAGUUAGAUGCACUCUUGGAACAACCUGCUUCACCCACUCUUGCUAAUGACGACACUAAAGUUCAGUUAGUAGCCGAUGAGGAAAUCGAUCGGUUUGAAGCAUUACCUCGUCCAACCGCAUUAUUUCUCCACGGUGUAGAUGAUAUGAGCACCAAAGACAUUACCAGUUAUUGUAACCACCCACUAUUACAAAAGGUCGAAUGGAUCAAUGAUUCCGCCUGUAAUCUAGCCUUCGCCACGCGUGAACAAGCACAGGAAGCCUUACAGAGUUUGUUGCUUAAUCCCUCUGUGGAAGUGCAACAUCGUCAACUGGUAGCAGCUAAACCUUAUGUCAAGGAAGACGUGACACAUGAAUUGUUUAUUCGUAUCUCAACCGAUGAAGAUGUCAAGGAGCGUGGAGCGCGUACACGUAGUCGAUACUAUUUGAUUCACGGCGUAGAGGAAGACGAGAGUACAAUUUCAGAAGAACGAAAGGAAGCACGUAAAUCACAUCGUGAACGCAUGGCAAAGAGUGGAGGUGACGGUCGAAGUGUAUUUAGUCGCUUAGGUAAAACUGUCGACCGAAGAUCUUUAUCGCCUGAUGCCCAGAGAGAAAGAAGAUCCUUAUCGCCUAACCACAGAAGACAAGAAGAGGAUAACGUAGUGCGCGAAAUUCCUAGUCAUUUGAAGAGUCGAUUGGGUAAUAUCAAGUCUUAAUGUUUUUUUAUUUUUAUUUUUUUUAUAUGCUUUUUAUAAUAGUAGUGAU